AUGGUGAGGCAGUUUGUAUGGCAGCGGGCCACCGCCUCGCAGAGGUUGGCUCCGAAAUGCCUCUCCCCGCAACGACUAUUUGCUCGCCGUGGUCUGGCCACCGAGGCCUCCCCGGUGUCCUCCCGUCUUCCUCCCUACCAUAAGAUCGUCCAGAACCUUGAAAAUGUCCGCCGAGUCCUGGGCCAGUCCCGGAACCUGACCCUCGCGGAGAAGAUCCUCUACGCCCACCUGGACAACCCGGAGGAGUCCCUCCUGACCGGCACCGAUAAUGGCCGGGACAUUCGCGGCAAGGCCAACCUGAAGCUGAAGCCGGAUCGCGUGGCAAUGCAGGAUGCUUCGGCCCAGAUGGCCUUGUUGCAGUUCAUGUCCUGCGGCCUGCCCUCCACGGCCGUGCCCGCCAGUAUUCACUGUGACCACAUGAUUGUGGGUGAGCGCGGUGCCGACACCGAUCUGCCCGCAUCGAUCAAGGGCAACAGCGAGGUGUUUGACUUCUUGGAGAGUGCUGCCAAGCGCUAUGGCAUUGAGUUCUGGCCCCCCGGUGCCGGUAUCAUCCACCAGAGCGUGCUGGAGAACUACGCUGCUCCGGGUCUGAUGAUGUUGGGAACCGACAGUCACACCCCCAAUGCGGGUGGUCUUGGUGCCAUCGCCAUCGGUGUCGGUGGUGCCGAUGCCGUCGAUGCCUUGGUUGACGCCCCCUGGGAGCUCAAGGCGCCUCGCAUUCUAGGUGUGCGUCUGGAGGGCAAGCUCAACGGUUGGGCUGCUCCCAAGGAUAUCAUUCUUCACCUGGCUGGCAAGCUCACCGUUCGCGGUGGAACCGGGUUCAUCAUCGAGUAUCAUGGACCGGGUCUGGAGACCCUGAGUUGCACUGGUAUGGCCACCAUUUGCAACAUGGGUGCCGAGGUUGGCGCAACGACUUCCGUGUUCCCCUUCUCCCCCAGCAUGGUUCCCUACCUCCAAGCGACUCACCGGGCUGAAGUCGCCCGCGCCGCUUCGGAGAUCGCCGCUUCCGGCCCCAAGAACCUCCUCCGGGCUGACGGAGGUGCCGAGUACGACCAGCUGAUCACCAUUGACCUGUCGACGCUGGAGCCGCACAUCAACGGCCCCUUCACCCCCGACCUCUCGGUUCCUCUGUCCUCUUUCGCUGACACCGUCCGCGAGAAGGGCUGGCCGGAAACCCUCGGCGCGGGCUUGAUUGGUAGCUGCACGAACAGUUCCUACGAGGACAUGACCCGUGCGGAGAACCUCGUCAAGCAGGCCUCGGCCGCCGGACUUGAGCCCAAGUCCGACUUCUUCAUCACUCCUGGCAGUGAGCAGAUCCGGGCCACCCUGGACCGUGAUCAGACUCUGUCGACCUUCUCCCAGGCGGGCGGCACUGUGCUGGCCAACGCGUGCGGUCCCUGCAUUGGCCAGUGGAAGCGCACCGAUGGCGUCCCCAAGGGCGAGGACAACGCUAUCCUUACAUCCUACAACCGCAACUUCCCCGGUCGUAACGACGGCAACCGCAGAACCAUGAACUUCCUGGCCUCUCCGGAGCUGGUCACCGCGAUGGUCUACUCGGGCAGCACCACCUUCAACCCCAUGACCGACAGCCUGAAGACUCCCAGCGGCGAGGAGUUCCGGUUCCAGCCGCCUACGGGGUUCGCUCUCCCCAGUGAUGGCUUUGCGGAUGGCAACCCAUCCUUCCAGCCCACCGCCGCUGUGCCCGAUGCGUCUUGUGACGUGAUUGUCUCCCCCACCUCGGAUCGUCUGGCCCUGCUGGAGCCGUUUGCACCCUUCCCCAAGGGCGAGCUUUCCGGCCUCAAGGUGCUGUACAAGGUCCGUGGCCAGUGCACGACCGAUACGAUCUCGGCGGCUGGUCCGUGGUUGAAGUACAAGGGUCACCUGCCCAACAUCUCCGCCAACACCCUGAUCGGUGCGGUCAAUGCGGCCACGGGCGAGACUAACGUGGCCUAUGACGAGGCCGGUAAGCAGUACUCCAUUCCGGAGUUGGCGGCCCAGUGGAAGGCCGACGGAAAGGAGUGGCUGGUGGUGGCCGAGGAGAACUACGGCGAGGGUAGCGCGCGUGAGCACGCUGCCCUGCAGCCCCGGUACCUGGGUGGCCGGAUCAUCGUGGCCAAGAGCUUCGCUCGUAUCCACGAGACGAACCUGAAGAAGCAGGGUGUGGUGCCCUUGACAUUCGCGAACCCGGCGGACUAUGACCGGAUCGACGCGUGCGAUCAGGUCGCCACGGAGGGUCUGUAUGAGGUGCUGCAGGCCGGCGGACAGGGCUCGAUCCAGCUGCAGGUGACCAAGCGCAGCGGUGAGACCUUUGUCAUUCCGGUGAAGCACACCCUCAGUCCGGACCAGUGUGCCUUUGUGCUGGCCGGUAGUGCGUUGAACUUGCUGGCCCAGCGGGCGAACAAGAAAAGUGCGUGA